GUUGUGUCCAUGAUAAUUUGCAGGAAUUGUGGAUGCCUGAAACAAAAAAGCUCUCAGUAUGCUACAUGACAACAGGAUCACCUGGAGGGUGACUAUUUUCAUUUGUUUGAAGUCCAGCAGCCCUACUAUGUUAGCAUUUGCUAGCCAAAAAUACAGAAGUAAUCUAUCUGUCCCUACUGGUUUGGGCACAGUGAAGGAUGAAGUCAUGGUCCCUUGUCCAUCUUGUCUUCUACCAUUGGAACAUAACAUUUUGGAAACCUCAAGUAGUCAAUGAAAAGCUAAAAGGAUGAUUGCUUAAGUAGCUCACAAUAUGCAGACAAACCUAUACUUCUUGCAGGUAUAGUGUAGCAUGAGAAUUUAUGCAGACGCAUGUCAGUCAAGAUCUCCCUGUGGUGGAGGGGUAGGAGUCUAAUUAUGUGAUAAGAUUCUGUAUAAUCUAAAAUUAUUUCAAAUGGAUAAAUCCUAAAGUAGUAUCAGAGUCCUAAUAUCACCCUUGAGACUCUAUAAGUAUUCAAUGGCCAUAAGAUGCAGCUUGUAUCCCUCUAACCUUAACUGUAUGGAAUCAUGUUUAAGAGAUCAGUUCUCCUCGUAUCUCUUAUAUCAGUAUAGAGAUGUUAUGUUUUGCUGGAGGUGAACUAACACCUGUGCUAGAACUUCUGUGAAGAUACUUUAUGCUGUGAAAUGGACUGAACCGAUGAUGGUUGUAAGCCUGUGCCAGUGUUAGACAAACACAUUCUAUUUUUGAGAUUUUAUACAGAGCAGGUGCAGUGGAUGGUAAUAAAUAUGAAUCAGUCCUUCUUUUGCAGGUAUGAAAUAAUCCAGUAAGUGUUACCACACUGACAUUUUAGGUAUUUAGAUUACAGAUAUUGAAGAUGAGUUGCGGUCCCCCCUUCUUCCUUGAUGCUAGGAAAAUACAUAUUCUUGUGCUAUGAUGGAGCCAAUUCUACAGCUACUAGCCCUGGAAGAAUGCAUCUCCUACCAAAGCAGAUUCCCAGAAAGGCUGCUCAGAAAUGGAUGGGAAGACCAACAUAGUUUCAUUUACAAGUGUAGCUGUAGCCAAAUAACAGUAAAUUCAAAUGGAACAUUUUAUGAGGUAACUGAAAGAAAAAUUUAGAGGUGAUGUUGGACAAUGCGAGAAAAGGUCUAGUCAUGAUCCUUUGAUGCGUGCAUAGUGUUGAGGAUGCAAUUUAUACAGCUGAGCAUUUGACAGCUGUAUAAAACCCCCCAUAAAAUAAAAACCAACUUCCACCUUUUCAAGCAAAACAAUUGCUGGUAAAAUUCCAGCAAGAUAAUGGUGUUUUCCCUGUCUACAGCACUGUGUAGCGCGUACAUGGCAUGUGUGUGUGGCAGUAGAGGUAGCUUAUAUCCCACGCUCUGAAGUUAAGAUGACAGAACUGUGAAAAGAACUCAGAGGUUUAUCAAAGACAUUCAAGGACAUUACUGAACUAUUUACUUUGCAAAUGCCAGGUGCUGCUGAGGAACAUGGCAGGGUUGGAGAGAAUCAGUGUUCAAAUUCUAGAACCUUCCAAGAGGAGUGUAGUGAGAUUCUGAAGGGGAAAAUGAGCUCAAAGAUUGGUCCUCCCUGCUGGAAAUAGUCCCAUAGGUAGGUUGUCCCUGCUGGAAAAUGACCACACAUCCUCUCACACCUAGGCCAACCUUUCAGACAUAGUAAUCUCAGUUUAUGGGACAAGGAACAUUUGAGUGGUAAAUGAGUUUGUCAUCAGACAUAUAGAUUGUUUUAUACAAAGGGUACAAAUUAAAACCUCGAUCAUUUUUUGAUUCCUACUAUAACUUUCUUUAGAGAAUUUAUUAGACAGUAUCUAAUAAAAAAGAUAUUCUUAUAUAAAAAAUCUUAUUUAGAAAGUGUUAAUUUUGUUGGGGUUUUUACCCUGCAGUAUCUUAUUCAUUAGACUUUCAGAUUCUUUUAUUGUUCAAGUUCUUUUGACUUUGUUCUUCAUGUUUCUUUCAGCCCUUUUAUGUAGUCCCGUGGAUUUUGUAGAGGUGUAUACAUGUCUAAUGAUUUAGGCUGGAAAUUACAAGAUUUCUUAUUAAAAGAGUAAAACUCUGAAAUAAUCCCCCAGAAUAAAUGGGAAAUAUAAGUUAACAAGUUCAUUUAAGUUGAAUAUUCAGCACGUUAUGGAAAGAGAUAACCAAUAUGAUUGCUUACAGUAAAGUAAUCUAGGGAAUCGAUCCCAAGUACCUGAGAAGUGUCAUGUUAUUCUAUGUGUAUAUAAUGAAAUUUUAAUCCAGAUGCUGGGAAAGAAGACAGACUUUACAAGUUAUCUUUUUCAUGUUAUCUCAUUCUGCAGAACAUACUGUAGUUAUUUAUAAAUGUGUAACCACCAGCUGUCUUUUCUCACAGUGUUUUUUUUUCUCUCUCAAAAAUACACUGAUAAGCGGCAAACAGGGAAUGACCACAGGACUACAUACAUUUGUAAAUAGUUAUCUUCAAAAGCAGUACAACUGGGAUACAUAAAAACCAUGAAAAGCCAAUUAAUAGGAUUUCUUGUGAACUUUUGGAUUUCUUUUUCACUUGCUUUGUAUUUUCACAGUGGAGAAAGAGAAGAGAAAUGUAUAAUUGAAGAUGUCCCCAGCGACACAUUGGUAAUUGGGAAUUACAAAGUACAAUGCUGGGAUAUACAUAAACAAGACUUUCUUGAAUCUGCUCCUGGUUUGGGAAUGAUUGUGACUGUCACAGCUCCGUCUGCUGAGGUACUAUUGUCAAAACUGUAUGGGCCACAAGGGACAUUUUCUUUUACAUCCUAUCUCUCCGGGGAGCAUGUUAUCUGUUUACAGUCUAACUCCACAAGAUUUGUGGCAUUUGCAGGAAGUAAACUGCGUAUCCAUUUGGACAUUAGAGUUGGAGAACAUUUUUUGGAUGAGUCUGUUGUUCAAGCCAAAGACAAAGUGGAUGAAAUUAACUUUAGACUAGAACAUCUAAUUGAGGAAAUUCAUCAUGUAUCCAAAGAACAAAACUAUGAAAGAGAGCGUGAAGAAAAAUUUCGGAAAACAAGUGAAGAAACCAACAGCAAUAUUUUAUGGUGGGCUAUAGUACAAACACUAAUUCUCAUUUCCAUUGGAAUCUGGCAAAUGAAAUCUCUCAGAGAUUUCUUUAUAUCUAAGAAGCUUGUUUAAGUCUUAUAAAGUAAAUGCACAGAUUCAAAAAUUGCACACCACAUAACACCUAACGUCCAAGGAAACCCUGCAUCUAUGAGAAAAGUGGUUGUAUAAAGCUCUCAAGCUUCUUUCAUCAUCUGCUCUGAUUCUUACUCUAACUCUGGUUUCUUCAUCUGUAUCACAACCUCUGUCAUCACCUUACAUUUUACUCCUUGAUUCCCAUCUCUUACCAGGUUUUUUCUCCCUACAGAUGUAAAGCUAAGUCUAGAAGGACUCAGUGACUAAGGCAGCAUUUAAGUUCAACUCAGGAUUGUUAAAUCUGAAAUAGAAGUCUAAUAAAGUUUCCUAAUAUUUAAAUUUCUCUA